AUACACCGGUGGAGAUGAAGUCCCAGGAAGAAUGGGCUUGUCUUGUAGCCAACGUCACCAUGUUCAGCAAGAAGAAGAAACGCGUUGAGAUCUCUGCUCCCUCAAACUUCGAGCACCGGGUCCACACUGGGUAUGACCAACAAGAGCAGAAGUUCACCGGGCUGCCGAGGCAAUGGCAGGGCAUCAUCGAGGAGUCGGCAAAGCGACCCAAGCCACUGGUGGAUCCAGUGUACAUCACGGCUAUUCAGCACGGCUCGCAGAAGACCAUCGUGCGGGGCAACAAAACCGCCAAGGACGGCUCCCUGACCUGGCUGCUGGAUGAGUUUGAGAACAUGUCGGUGUCCCGCUCCAACUCGCUGCGCCGGGACAGCCCGCCCCUCCAGCCCCGCCGCGACCAGCUCUUCCACCAGAACGGCCUCAACGAGGGGCCGUCCAAAGCCCAGCCCCUCGAGGACAGGAAUAAGGACCACAAAGAGAGGGCUCACCACCAGGCCAGGAACGAGCUGGAUCGGGACAGGGAAAGGACCCGGGACAGGGAGGAGAACCGGGCCCACCCACAGCAGCCCCGAGGGCAGGAGCCCAGCGGCAAAUCCACCAAGCACCCUGGCGGCAGGCCGCCCCCUCCUGAGUACCACAAGCCCUCUAAGGAGGGCAGGCCCAGAGCCCAUGACCGGGAUGGGAGGCGGGACUACCCGGCGGAGCGGGACUACAGCGAGCCGGCCGACCGCGUGGUCAGGCGGGAUCGCAAUGACGCCUCCGACAAGAGACCCAAGUCCACGUACACCGGGGAGAAAAGCCCGCAAUCCCCGCGGGACAAGCGCCCGCUCUCCGGGCCCAAUAUCCGGACUCCAAACAUCCCCGUCUCCGAAGGGGUGAUGAAGACCGCUCAGCAGACCGGCCGGCCUUUUAAUACGUAUCCACGAGCUGAGACUGACCCUGUCAGGGGCACAGGUUCUCAGGCAGAGCCCAGGUCUGCGAGGCCCCAGGAAAUGGCGUCCAAUGGGCCAGUAAGCGGGAGCAGUAGCUCCUCCAAGGUCCACCAGCCAGGCCAGCCGAGGUCCAAAAACCCAGAGCCACCCCAUCCGGGGAUCUCCCCGCACGCAUCAGAGCCCCUCUUAACUCGCAUCCCCCAGUCAAACCCCCAGCCGUCUUAUUCCCAGCCGCUGCCACCGCCUCCUCCCCCCACGGCCUCCCAGCAGCCCCGCUCCCCGCAGCGCGAGCCCCAACGGGUCUCCCACGAACAGUUCCGAGCCGCCCUGCAGAUGGUGGUCGACCCGGGCGACCCCCGGACCUACCUGGACAACUUCAUUAAAAUCGGCGAAGGCUCCACGGGUAUCGUCUGCAUCGCCACGGUCAAGAGCACGGGGAAGCUGGUGGCCGUGAAGAAAAUGGAUCUGCGGAAGCAGCAAAGACGCGAACUGCUGUUUAAUGAGGUGGUGAUUAUGAGGGACUACCAGCACGAGAACGUGGUGGAGAUGUACAACAGCUACCUGGUGGGGGACGAGCUGUGGGUGGUGAUGGAGUUCCUAGAAGGCGGAGCUCUGACCGAUAUCGUAACACACACCAGGAUGAAUGAAGAGCAGAUCGCCGCCGUCUGCCUGGCUGUCCUGAAAGCACUUUCUGUCCUCCACGCCCAGGGGGUCAUUCACCGAGACAUCAAGAGCGACUCCAUCCUGCUCACCCACGAUGGCAAGGUGAAGCUCUCUGAUUUUGGGUUUUGCGCGCAAGUGAACAAAGAGGUCCCGCGGCGGAAGUCGCUGGUGGGAACCCCCUACUGGAUGGCGCCAGAGCUCAUCUCCCGACUACCUUAUGGACCAGAGGCAGGACAAACCCUGCAGAGGGCCAAUUAUUCCUGUAGCCGUGAAAUCCGCUUGACUGUUCGUCUGCUUCUGGCACGUGUAUAGCAUCAAAGGCCACUAAGUGGCGCUGUGUAUAAAUGCAAACUAGCCAUAAGUGCGUUUGGGUCCUAAAAAGGGAAGUGCUCAUGCUAACAGGCGCGGAUGCGGAAUGUGGUCCCUGUCUUUGGAAGACUUCCCUGCUUGCUUUCAGUUCAUGGCAUUCGUUCCUGUGCAUCUAUGUCGUAAUAAAGCACUAGACACGCGUACGUCCCUGCUAAUCAAGGGGCACACUGUAGGGGGGGCGGGGGUUGGAUUCCUGCGGUGACAGAUUUAGAAACACACCAGUCAUCUGGUGUAGCAGGCUAGGCUCUGGGUUUCUAUACCAGAUGACUGGUGUUUCUAACGUGCAGCUGCCGUCUCUGUCAGAUCCAGACUCCAGGCUGCCUUGCCUGGGGGAGUGUGGCCUAGUCGCUCUCUCAGUGAGGCCCUGUGGUGCUUUUCACCUUUGGCGAGGGCACCAGUCUUUCUGAUUUAAAUAGGACACCGAUGUGCUGCCCGGGGAGCAGCGUCUAGCGACUAGAGCAGGGGGAGGGAUAGCUCAGUGGUUUGAGCAUUGGCCUGCUAAACCCAGGGUUGUGAGUUCAAUCCUCGAGGGGGCCAUUUGGGGCAAAAAUCUGUCUGGGGAUUGGUCCUGCCUUGAGCAGGAGGUUGGACUAGAUACCUCCUGAGGUCCCUUCCAACCCUGAUAGUCUAUGAUACUGGGCUGGGAGCUAUUCCUGGACCGGGCACUUCCCCUCUGUGCUUCAGUUUCCCCUCCCUUUUGUCUAUUUAUGCUGUAAGCUCUGGGGACAGAGACUGCCCAUCACUCUGCGUCUUGCAGUGCCCAGCACAGUGGGGCAGGUUUGGGGGCACAGCAGCCCCCCACCCCACCCGUCAUUCCAUCGCCAGUCGCUGUCCCUUCGCUUCCUUUUCGCCCAUCUCUCCUCUCU